AUGUCCGCAGACCCAUAUAGGCGGUCAGCUGUACCGAUUCGAAACUCUGUCUUCAAUCCCGCUACCCCAUCUCGCCCUCGUCCCACACCUUCAGUCUCCUUCACUCAAAAUUCAAAUCGUUCUACAGACGACAAUAAUGUUAAUAGUAGUAAUGUCCAGUCAGGCUUUAGUCUUCGCCGUCAGAAAUCUCUCAUCCGGCCUGAUCGUGAACGCAUAGACUCAAACCAUCCUUACUAUCACUAUUAUGCACAUGCAAGUGAACUUGCAGAAGAUAGAAUAGCAAACAGCCAGACAGGGAAUACCCCCCGAAGAGGGAAGAGCGUGUCCGAGAGGGAAAGGCCAAAGAGCAUAAAAAAAAAGCAACACCAGGGCGCAGUUCCCAGGAAGAAGAAGCCACAACGAUUACCAUCUUGCUGGAUAAUAUUUUGUUAUAUUGUUACCUUUUAUGCACCGAGUUUUCUACUUAGUACUUGCGGUCGAAUGAAAUUACCCGAAGUCCAGCGCGCCUGGAGAGAAAAAAUGGGUCUUAUAACAAUAAUUCUGUUGAUUUGCGGUGCAGUUGGUUUUAUAACUUUUGGCUUUACCCAAACAGUCUGUCGCUCACCCCCCGCCCGUAUCAAUGGUGGCGAGGCAACCUCAGGAACCGUCAUAGUUAAUGGAUUUGCCAUUAAUUUCGAUGACUUGGAUUUCCAACAUCCUGGUUUCAAUGGGUACCAACCUUCCAAUCCUGCAUAUCCUCCCAUAGAUGCUGGUGGAAAAGACGCGUCUUUUCUGUUUCAGAAAGCGAAUUACAACUGUAGAGGACUAAUUAGUCCUGCAUCAGGAGGGAAUUACUUUCAGCAGAAUGAUUUGCUCGGAUGGUACUUCCCCUGUGUCAUCAUCGGACAGAAUUCUGUACAGACUACAGUAACAAAAAAUUUUACCGUCGACGCAUGUCACGCCAACCUGGAUAUUAAGGCCCAACUGGCUGACCUUAUAAAGAAUUCAGCUGCAGAAAUAUUCUAUACGUGGGAAGAUAUAGCUGAUCCGGACAGGAAUUUGGCUGUUUAUAACGGUUUUAUCUUGGACUUUAAUAAAUUAAAAUGGCUCGACCUAUCUCAAGUCAACAUUCCACAAACUUUUCUAACGCUCAUGAACCCAGACAACGAGUAUCGCGGCAAAGACGCAUCCCUUGUCUUUGCUAGCAAGGGAGAAAAACAUAUCGCCGAUUGUCUAGUCGACAUUGUCCGUGUUGGAUCAAUCGACUCGAAAACGAUGGGCUGUAUUGCGUCUGAUUUAGUUCUCGUGGUUUCUUUGAUCUUCAUUGUUGGCGUAGUAUUGAUCAAGUUCAUUCUCGCCGUAAUUUUCGGAUGGUGUAUUUCGUGGCGAUUGGGUUCGUUCAAACCAGAGACUUACGAAGAGCGGAUGAAAAGGGCGGCCGAGAUCGAGAAGUGGUCAGAAAACAUUCUCAAACCUGCUCCCCAGUUGAAGAAACAGAGAAACAGUUUUUUGCCAGCAACCUCGAGAUUUUCCAAUGCUAAUUUUGGAAGAACUGGUAAUGGACAGGCAGGCGCCCAUCAGUACGGCUCGUACACAAAUCGUAGGUCGCAAUAUCUGAGACCGUCAUCUUCUACGACUUCGUUAACGCAGGGGGCUCCAUCUACUGCAAAGAGUUCUCCGACGAAUUCUCCCCGACUCUUACCAAUUUCAGGUUCUGGUAAUUCUAGUGGUCCCAGUAGUCCCGGUCUGCCUCCUUCGCGUUCCCAUUCAGAUUUAAACACGAUAGCGCUGCCAGAAUUGGCGUCAGUCAGCAAACACGGAAGUACAACUUCACUAGCUCUACCGAAAGGAUAUGAAGCAAUUUCAACCGAUAGUAUCGAUUUACAUUCAAACGCCAAUACGGUUCUACCAGACGCUGGUUAUCAACCGUUCAAUUUUGAGCUGGCUCAGACCAUUUGCCUAGUGACUGCAUACUCUGAAUCGGUCGAAGGACUCCGCACCACUCUUGAUUCCAUUGCUACAACAGACUAUCCAAAUACUCAUAAACUUAUACUCGUCAUUGCCGAUGGUAUAAUUCGUGGUUCUGGUAACGAAUUAUCCACGCCUGAAAUUUGUCUGUCGAUGAUGAAGGAUUUCGUAAUCCCCAAGAAUAAGGUCGAAGCACAUUCGUAUUUAGCUAUUGCAGAUGGAACUAAAAGGCAUAACAUGGCCAAAGUAUAUGCUGGAUUCUAUAAAUAUGACAAGACAACAGUGGAUCCUUCCAAGCAUCAACCAGUGCCGAUUGUGACCAUUGUCAAAUGCGGUCCACCCGAGGAAGCGAGUGCACCAAAACCAGGAAAUAGAGGAAAGAGAGAUUCGCAGCUCAUUUUAAUGUCGUUCUUGCAAAAGGUUAUGUUUGACGAGCGUAUGACACCGUUAGAAUAUGAACUUUUUAAUGCUAUUUGGAGAGUGACAGGAGCCACUCCCGAUAAAUAUGAACUUGUGCUUAUGGUUGACGCAGAUACAAAAGUUUAUCCUGAUUCUUUGACGCGAAUGAUUUCUUGCAUGGUUCAGGAUCAUGAAAUUAUGGGAUUAUGUGGUGAGACCAAAAUUGCCAACAAGGCUCAUAGUUUUUGGACAAUGAUUCAAGUUUUCGAGUACUACAUCUCUCAUCAUUCAAGCAAAGCUUUCGAAUCCGUCUUUGGUGGUGUGACCUGUCUCCCUGGUUGUUUCUGUAUGUAUCGCAUAAAAACGCCAAAAGGCCCUGAGGGCUAUUGGGUUCCCAUUCUUGCCAAUCCCGACAUUGUCGAGCGCUAUUCCGAAAACAUUGUUGAUACACUACACAAAAAGAAUCUUCUCCUUCUCGGCGAAGAUCGUUACCUUUCUACACUCAUGUUACGAACUUUCCCAAAGCGUAAGAUGUUGUUUGUUCCACAGGCUGUAUGCAAGACAGUUGUACCUGACACGUUCUCAGUGCUGCUAUCACAAAGGAGAAGAUGGAUUAAUUCGACAGUGCAUAAUUUAAUGGAGCUAGUCUUGGUCAGAGAUCUAUGCGGGACAUUCUGUUUCUCGAUGCAAUUCGUAAUAUUUAUGGAAUUAAUUGGAACUGUUGUGUUACCGGCUGCUAUUUCAUUCACCAUAUAUUUAAUAGUAAUCUCAUUCAUCAUCCGACCAAUACCGUUUAUUCCUCUCUUACUGCUUGCGACUAUUCUUGGUCUGCCAGCGGUUCUCAUUUUGAUGACAUCACGGAAAAUAGUUUAUGUUGGAUGGAUGUUGAUUUACCUUUUUGCAUUACCAAUAUGGAACUUUGUUCUCCCAGUAUAUGCUUAUUGGCACUUUGACGACUUUUCAUGGGGUCAGACGCGUCAAGUAGCGGGAGAGAAGAGCGGUCGUGAUGACCAUGGAAAGAAAGGAGAAUUUGAUAGUUCGAGAUUGGUUAUGAAGAGAUGGGCAGAUUUCGAACGAGAGCGACGAUAUCGAGAAGCAAUAGCCGAAGGACUUCCACCACCAGUAUUUAUAGAUGAUAACCAUAAACUCAGAUAUAGUGUGGCUGAAUCGUUGGAUAGUGAAAACUCUUCACGGACAUUUGAGAGUUUAGCACCAUUGACCAAGAAAGUCAGUAUGGGUCGUUUUUCUACGCCUCCGGGUGGCGGGAAUUAUACAGAACAUGGCCCUCCGCUUCCUAAGGGCGACUUGGAGCGGCAAGAGUCGGCGAAUUUCCAGCAAACAUAUUAUAAGGACCAAGCAUGGAAACAAGUACAAGUAACCAGUGAAAAUGAUAUAGAACUCACAGACAUGUCUUCGACGGUAUCAAAUUCACCAACGGGCUAUCAACAAGAUCGAGAUCUUGCAACAGACGUGCCAGAGCACAGUUCGGAUCCCGCCAUCGAUUCAAAUCCUGACUCAACUGUACAGCAAUCAUCGGAUAGGGUCGAAGAAACCGACUCAUCCCAAAUUACUGAAUAUAGAGCUCAGAAUCUGUCCACUCCAUCUUCUUCCGAUAGAAUAUCUGUAUACGAUGAUUUCUAUAACAAGUCUCCGCCCGCUCACAACAGACGCGACGCCGCUGGACGUGGAUCUCCUGAUUCAAUAGCGCUUGCUCGUGGCGUAACUCGGCAGACGUCUCGGGAGUCAGUUCAUCAACAGGAAAUGACACAAGAUCAGAUGUCAAUGUCGAUGCUUCCAUCUCAACCUCUGAAAGAAGAAGAAGAAUCCGAGAAUGUACAGGUUAUGUCACCAAAACGCUAUUACAACAACUAUAAACAAUUACGUAAGGACAAUAGCAAUAGCAGUUCCGAUCAGUCAUAA